UCAUUAUCUCUUCACAUCCGCGUCUCCUCCACUUUCUAAACUUCAAAAAGUUUCUUAAAAAAAACACUAGAAUCCAAACGACGUCGUUUACCAUCCUUGCCCUUGCUUUGAAAGUUGAAAUCGUAAAAUCUAAAAGUCAAGUCCCUCGUUUCCUUUCAUUCAUUUUUUCUUUCUCUCCCUUUUCAGUUUCUCACAACAGAGAAGAAAAAAAUGGCCGUAGCUGAACCCAAGCCUCACUCCGAACCUAAGGUCUGGAAUUUCUUCAAGCUUCCUUUUCGCAAUUCCAGCACCACUUCUUCCUCCGGAACGACGUCGUCUUCUCCCAACCUUCAUCAUCCUCUUCAUCAUCAACAUCACCAUAACCCUAACAGUAACACUCACAAUCCUCCUCCGCUUGAAGGCUCCAGUUCUCAAUCUUCCAAUUCUGUUUCCUCCGUUGCCAGAUCGCUUCUCCCAACACGACGUCGUCUCAAGCUUGAUCCUUCGAACAAGCUUUACUUCCCUUAUGAGCCAGGAAAACAGGUUAGGAGUGCUGUCAGAAUUAAGAACACCAGUAAAUCUAAUGUAGCUUUCAAGUUUCAAACAACUGCACCGAAAAGUUGUUUCAUGCGUCCGCCUGGGGCUAUCCUUGCACCUGGCGAGAGUAUCAUAGCAACGGUGUUCAAGUUUGUAGAGCAACCAGAAAAUAAUGAAAAGCCCGAAAAAAGUGGACUCAAAUUUAAAAUCAUGAGUUUGAAAGUCAAAGGUUCAAUUGAUUACGUCCCUGAGCUGUUUGAUGAGCAGAAGGACCAGGUUGCAGUUGAGCAAAUUUUACGUGUUGUUUUUCUAGAUCCAGAGCGCCCUAGUCCUAUUUUGGAAAAACUGAAGCGACAGCUGGCUGAUGCCGAUGCUGCUCUUGAAGCACGGAAGAAACCUGCAGAAGAUGUGGGUCCUAAAAUAAUUGGAGAAGGGCUUGUCAUAGACGAAUGGAAAGAGAGGAGGGAAAGAUACCUUGCUAAGCAGCAGGGCGAUGUGGUUGUAGAUUCUGUAUAGAAUGUUGGUCUGGUUUGUGCUAUCUUGAGAGAAGAUUAUUAAAAUCACAGCGUCUUUUUCUUGGAAAAGUUUCAGGUGAAUGGCAAGUGUGUACUAUAGAGAAAACUAUGUGUGGGUGUGGUGUAGAUAAAUGUCAUUAAGUUUGUGGAAUAAUAUAUUUUGAUAGAUUUAUGUGAAAUGAUGAUCAGAGAAUGAUUUGCUGUCAAUUUAUUUUGCUAUGGUUCUAUUUGUA